AUGUCGUCGCUCGACCUCACGCGCGACUGGCUCAAGAACGUCUUACGGCCCUACCCGGGUCAUGAGCGUAUCCUAUCAGAGGUUCUCGGCCUGCUUGGCUCGUACCGCACGCUGCAGGUCAAGACAGAUGCCUUCACCUUCGAUUCCGGACAAACGGCACUGCUUCUCCUUCUACAUGGCACGUUGCCCAUCAACUACCGCGGCGCGACGUACCAGAUCCCCGUCCACGUCUGGGUGCCCCACGAAUAUCCCCGCCGGGCGCCGAUGACAUUCGUUGUGCCGACAGCGGGGAUGGGUGUACGCAAGAGCCGUGAAGUAGAUCCGGGAGGCCGUGUGCGAGAGGAGGUCGUCGAGCAUUGGUGGUCGAGCUGGCCGACCUCUAACCGCACAAUCCCAGCGCUCCUUACGAAGCUCACCGAGAUCUUCUCCGCUGCGCCUCCAGUCUACGCUAAGCCUCCAGAGCGGCCGUCCUCCCAGCCACGCUCACCGGCCCAAUCACAAGCGUCAACGCAACCCGCGCCACCGCCGCGAUCAUAUACUAACGGCGAGGUGCUGCCUGGCUAUGCGCGUCAGUCCCAACCAUCCUCAAGUGACCGAACGUCUCCCCCACCCACUACGCCGCCCGUCCCCCUUCGGCCUGGGCAGGUGCCGCCGCUCCCACAGCGGCCGCAGUUCCCUCCUCCACGCGCGAACACGCAGAGCCCUUCGUUCUCACCUGCGUCUUCGGCAGGCGGUGCGCUGUUGAAUGCGACACCUGUGUCGCUGCCGCCGUUUGGGCAGCCUCCGCACCCCGGCCACCCAGGCCAGCAGUCCCCUCCCCCUCCCCCUCCCCCGCAGAUGCCACCAUAUCCAGCACAGCAGAUGUGGGGCCCACCGCCCGGUGUCCAGCAACCCCCUCUCCCGGCCCCUCCCCAAACCCAGCCCCCUCAGCACCCGCAGCCUUACGGAGCGCUGCCUGGCGUCUACGCUGCGCCUUACCAGCCUCAGCCUGGGCCUUACGCGCCGCCAGCCGGCCCCGGAUACCCGCAGCAGUACGCCCUGCCGCAGCAGCCUCCGCAGCCUCCAGCGCCCGCUCUGGCUCCUCAACGGCCUCCAGAUCUCAUGUCCUCUUCGCCCGAGACGACGACAACCGCCAUCCCCGACGACGUGGGGGACGCACCUCCCGUCCCACCGUCCAAACCACCUCCGCCGUCCGUGCUCCACCUGCACGCGGUUCUGCUUCCGCACCUCACAGCCGCCGUCCCGCCGCUCAUGCACUCUCUGCAGUCGCAGAAGGCGCACCUCGUGGAGCGGCGCGAGGACUUGGCCACAGGCGAGCCUGCAAUCCGCGAUGAGAUGGCACGCCUCGAGGCCGUCAAGAAGGUGUGCGAUGCCGUUGGAGCGCGCAUGCAGGGUGUCGUCGAGAAGGGCGAGGCGCGGGUCGCCGAGCUCGAACAGCGCGGCGACGUGAGCGUCGACGAAGUGGUGUGCAGCAUCUCGAUCGUGCAUAAUCAACUCGUCGAACUUGUGGCCGAGGACAACGCGCUCAGCGACACUAUGUACCACCUCACGCGGGCGUUAGAUGCUGAGCGCAUCGACUUGGACCGAUACCUCAAGGCUGUACGGUCACUCGCGCGCGAGCAGUACAUGAAGCGUGCCCUCAUCGAGCGCAUCCAGGAAGGUAUGGGACAGGCGUCGUGGUCAUCAUAG